AUGCCUUCAAGCUCAUGGAGGCCUGCAUACUCGGCGAGCUGCCUCAUAUUUAGCAAAGACUACCAGAAACGCAACGCCCAUGUAUCCUUUCAGGCUCGAAAUUUGCUUGGGACGAGAACGAAGCAGUCAUGGGGCAACCACAGAGUAUCGGAGAGCUUCCUGAUUUACCGCGAGAUAGAAGGUAAGCGCAGCAGCAGCUUUUGCGGCGGUGGACGAGGCGUCGGCAAGCUUGGUUGCGGCGGGAACAAGUACCAGGAGAACGGGGAGCCUGAGGAAUUCAGAUAUCAGGCCGACGGCCUCAUGAAGAAAACUUUAAGCAUCGAGACCUUCACCGGCCAACGCCUCCACCUCAUUCUAUACUACUCACAACCACACUCCGAGUCGACAGAGCUUCAACGGUUCCUCUUUUCGACGAGUUGUCAUUCUCUUCUUCAACAAGCUCUUCUGCGAUGGUAUCGAGAAAGAAGAAGAGAUAUUUGA